AUAACAUGGCCGAUGAAACCUGGCAUUCCAUUGGCCAGUUUGGUUCUUGUACAGACGCUGCGCAUUUAACGGUUUUUUAAGUGGUGGCAAAAAACUCAAGUGUAUUUCCCCGUGUGAAAAUGUCUCUUUCCAUAAGAAAUUUAUGUGCUUCUAACCGGGAUCGUGCAUCUCAAGAAACCCGAGCCACUAGCACUCCUCGGAAUAAUAAUUCUCCCAAUUUGUCGUCUUCUCCAAGUGUUUCCACCAUUUCAAGAGGGGAAGAGCCGAUGGAAGUUGAAUCUGAUGGAGACAGUGGUGAAAAUAGGGCAAAUCGAACUGACAAUGAUGUGAUUUCAUCUUUUUGCGAAUCUGUUGAGGAAACUUCGGUCACUAUUGGUAGUAGAGGUCGAGGGGUAAAGCCUCUCAAGUGGGAGAAUUUUUGGAGUUCAUUGAAACCGAAAAAUAAACAGAGCCUCUAUUACAAAAUAAUGACACAACCUGAUCAAUUAGAAAGCAUCACACUUGAGCUAGUAGACACAUACAAGACCAAUAAAAAACAUGCGAUUAUUUGUAUUCUCCAACUUUUUGUUGACCUAUGUGGUUACAAAAAGUUAUCAGUUGAAAAAUUUUACAAUUUUGAGCGGGAAAAUUCGGAUCAACUCGUGCAACAGAUGCAAUAUGACUUACUGGAAGAUGAACUUAAAAAAACUGGACACUUCUUGUUUAUGAAAACAACAAGUUUUGUUAAGGAUGCUGAACACAUUCUUGGCCAGUUUUUAGAUCAUUUAUUAAUCCAAACAUUCAAGUCUCAAGUGUUAUUUGAUAAAGUUUUUGAGGCACACAUAAUGGAAUUUGUUAAAUGUAUGUGUUUAAGCAAUAUGAGUAAUAUUUGUAUUACUGGUGUUAUAAUAAUAAUAAAUAUGAUAACAUCGUUUCUAAAACUCUAUAAACAAUUCAUUUCCUUGAGCCAGGAUAUUAAUAAGAAUACUUCGAUUGAAAGGAUAUUGGCAAUCAAAAAAAACAAUAUUGAAAAUACAAUUGAUUUCCUUUACCUAAUUUUUGACAAACAAUGUUUGAUACCUGAUAAAAGAGGGGCUAUAGUAAAAAUAAGAGCAACGCAAGAAAUGUUCCAAUGGAUCUGCUUCUAUCCAGAGGUUUUCAUAUUAAAGCGUCGUUGUUUAGGGCGAUUAAUGAAAAUGAUUCUUGAUCAGCACGAAUUGGUCCGAUUGUCGGCUCUAACAACUGCUGAAAAAUUAAUCCGCUGCGAGGAAAUUUCAGAAGUACUAAAACAACGAAUUGAGUUAUGUUUGAAAUUUAUUUCUGGGAGAUUUGUUGAUAUAAAUUCUCAAGUAGCUGCUCAAGCAGUACAUGCUUUUACUGCAGCUAUUGAAAACUACUUUGACAAAAUCACCGAGGAAUAUAAAAAUAAAAUUAUUAGAAACAUCUAUUACAAAGAUGUUUUCUUAGGUAAAGCAGCUGGUAAAUUUCUAGUGGCUUAUCUUCGCCAUCAAAACCCAAAUGAGGAACAAUUUUUACUCUCACUUGUUGUAGUAGCCUUCUCAAAGCCCCAGGAUGCAGAGAAACUCCCGAUUUUUCUCGAAUCAGUUUUUGAGUUUGCUGAUGAAUUACAAGAUUGGACAAUGUUUAUGAAAGUUUUACUAAAUGAUGAAAUUCGUUUAGGUGCUAAAACAGGUCUUAUUAAAAUUUUAAAUGAGUGUGUCAGGUAUGUGCUCACCGGGAAUUUUUCCUAUUCUAGACAGGUCCACCGAGGGUCGCCAAACGAUGAUGAUCAUAUUAAAGUAGCAAAUAAUGUAAUUCCCAAUUUCGCACAAUUACUUUUUGCGUUUCAAACCGAAAAAGUGUGUUUGCACAAAUUAAUUGAACUGUUGUCUUUUAUUGAUUGUAGUGUUUGCCGUUCGGAUGAUUUGAAAGAUGAUUUCACCAACAUUUUUACGAUAUUAAAAGAAAUGUUCGAAAGAACAACUGAUUAUAUCUUACUCCAAAACAUAACAAAGGUGUUUGCUGUUUUUUGUGCAAAACAGUAUUAUAACAGGGCUACUGUUGUGGUUGAGAGUUUAAAAACUUCUAUUAAGUCAUUAUCCGAUGAUUUAAAACAAAUGUCUCCUGAUUGUGGCAAAACUUUGCUGAUAGAAAUAAGAAAAAAAUCGUUAAAAGCAUCCAUCUUAUUUUCACAUUUUGACUUGACAACAGUUCUUGCAUGGGAAGACAUUUUCCAAGUCUGGGAAAUUAAUUUCUUGAAGGCGCUAAAGUACUUAGUAGUUUGUUGCAAGUGGCACUUAGUUUGGCGUUUACGCCAAUUCAUGCGGCUUCCUAAAAACGAUAAUGGGGGUGAGACCACCAAUCGUCUCCUCUACAAUGAUUGUAAAGACUUUGUUUAUGGAUGUCUGGAAAUGCUUAAACAAGGGAAGAGAAAUUCAGAGUUAUUUUUGGCUUUGGAAACCUUUUGUGACCUUUAUAUCGACUUUGAAACUGAACUUAAACGAAGACGUGAAUAUUCUCAUUUCGUAAUCAAAAUUACUGAACCCACGAGUUUGGAAAUUUUAUUUAAUUUUGUAGUACAGCACGUGAUUGAGAAUAGAGAGAUGGCUUUGAAAGAACGCCAAAAUCUACUAAGGAAAGUUAUCACUAUUUUGUAUUUGAAUGUAGUGUCUUUCGAAUAUUUUUCGAAGAUAUUACGUUUCUAUUAUAUACACAACGAAGAAUUUGGUUUUUUAAUGAACAAUAUACUUAGUCAAUCAAAAACAUCCUCUCCAGCUUUACCUUUAAUAAUAAUGCAUACACUUGCAGAAAUUUAUGAGGAAAUGUUGAAGAAACGUCAAAUUGUUGAUCUUCUAACUGAAGAAUCGAAAUCUUUAAAGCAUUUAGCUAAAAAAUUCGCCUCUACUAGAGAAAUGAAGUCGAAUAAUGAUAUUUUGAAAUUUGUUUCCAUGGCUAUCAAUUUCGCCUUCAGAACUGAACAACAUUAUAAUUUUCUGUAUUUUGCAAGAUAUUUUGCAGCACACUUAAAUGAGGGCGGAAAAAGUGAUGCGUACGAAUUAUUUAAAAAAAGGGUUCCCGAAGGAGCAACAACGAAUGAAAUAUUUUUAUUGUUUGCUAAAACUCUCAAAUAGCUGUGUUUCUUAACAAAUUAUAAUUAUCUGAGUUUCGUUAACUAAUAUUUGCAAUAUUAAAUUAGUUUAUUAUUACCUACUGUUAAAAUAGUUAAAUAAAAAUAGUUUUGCUGUUUUA